CCCAUGCAGGUAUUUGGCCAUACGAUACCCCCUGCACUCCAGGGAGCUGAGGACACCCAGGAACGCCCUCAUGGCCAUCUGCUUCAUCUGGGGGCUUUCCUUCAUCUUCUCAGGCCCUUACCUCAGCUACUACCAGGAGUUUCAGCUGGCCAACCUGACCGUCUGCCACCCGGUCUGGGAGAUCUCCCAGCGCAAGGUCAUGGACAUCUGCACCUUCAUCUUCAGCUACAUUAUCCCAGUGCUGAUCCUCAGCCUCACUUACGUGCGGACUAUUCGGUACCUGUGGAGUUCUGUGGACCCUCUCCAAGACAUGUCAGAGUCCAAGAAGGCCAAGCGAAAGGUGACCAGGAUGAUCAUCAUUGUAGCCGUCUUGUUCUGCCUCUGUUGGCUGCCCCAUCACCUGAUCAUCCUGUGUGUCUGGUUCGGGUACUUCCCCCUCAACCACGCUACGUACGUGCUCCGCAUCCUCUCGCACCUCAUCUCCUACGCCAACUCCUGCGUGAACCCCAUCGUCUACGCCCUGGUCUCCAAACACUUCCGCAAGGGCUUCAAGAAGAUCUUCAUCUGCCUCUUGCACAAGAAGGCAGCCAACAAGGUGCACGUGGCCCAGGCGACGAACACCAUCAGCACGCUGGAAGCAGAGCUCAGCGAGGUGACCCGCGUCGGCCAAGCCCUGCCCGGCUGCUUCUCCAGGCACUGCAAGGCCCCAGCCCAGCCCUGGGGGGAGGCAGAGCUGGUGGGCUAUCAGCAGAAAGCAGAUGGCUCCUUCAUCACCUUCAACGUCACCUAGC